CAGUUCGACUUAAGUUGCGAUUCUCAGUCGUUGCAAGGCAUCCGGAAAAGAUAGUUCACAAAAAUAAAAAUGAAGAUCCUCCCUACUUUAUCCCUAAUUUGUGUUAUUAUGGGCCUUGCCCAAGGACAAACGGAUAUCAUCUGUUCCACGGAACCCUUGCCUGUGGGAUUGUGUGUUGAUCGAAUUGUUGGGUAUACCUAUUCGAGCAUUAGGAACCGAUGCGUAAACUAUGAGGCCAGGACAUGCGAAGUGAGGGGAAAUUAUUUCGCCAACAGAAAUGAUUGUGAGGCCAAAUGCAAGCCAGUAAGGGCUUUCAGAGAUGCCCCUUUUACUUUCUUCGUGGAAAGAGCUAUGGCCCAGGCUCGCAACCUUAUAUCAAGAAUUUUGAGUGUACCAUUGUUUUCUAAUUGAUGAAUAAACGCAUCGGAGACGAUCUAUUUUUCAAAAUUUCA